AUGUGCAAACAUAUCCUUAAUGCGCAGGUCGCGAUCCGAUCACCGUGCUGUCGCAAAUGGUUCGACUGUGCUGAAUGCCAUGCCGAACAAGAGCAGCACCCACUUCUUCAGUCUCACGACAUGACUUUCGCUUGCAAAAAGUGCAAAAAGUGCUUCCGCAAAGAUACACAGGAGUUCGAGGACAGCGACGAAUACUGCCCGCACUGCGACAACCACUUUGUCAUUGAAGCCAAGAUUGCCAAACCGGCGCUCACCAUCGAAGGCGACGAUACUCGCAUGAACAACAAGCUCCUGAAGGACGACAGAGCGCGAGGGCAACCUCUCCUACGAUCGAUGUUCGACCCAGAUGACGACGCCGAUAAACUGGGCUAG